CCGGUCCACCUUAAGCCGCAUCGAGGCUGCUCCGCCUCCGCUGCCUCCUUCGCCCGUCCUUCGCCAUGGCUGCGCGGAGGACGCUGGGCUUCGCGGUGCGGAACUACUCGCAAGCAUCAGCCAAGGGCUGGCUGACAGAGGACUUCCUAGAUUCCCUGAGAGCAGUGGUGGGGAACGGCAAUGUGUCCACGGCCACCCCAGUUUGUGAGCAACAUGGCCAUGACGAGUCCAUGCACAGGUGCCGCCCGCCAGAUGCUGUGGUCUGGCCGCAGAAUGUGGAGCAGGUCAGCUUGCUGGCGAAGGCCUGUUACAGCCGUGGGGCUCCCAUCAUCCCUUUCGGGACAGGAACGGGCCUAGAAGGGGGCGUGAGUGCCGUGCAGGGUGGCGUGUGCUUUAACCUGACCCAAAUGGACCAGAUCUCUGAGCUGAACACAGAGGACUUCACUGUGGCUGUAGAACCAGGGGUGACCCGAAAGGCACUUAACAGCUACCUGCGGGGCAGUGGACUCUGGUUUCCUGUAGACCCUGGGGCUGAUGCUUCUCUCUGCGGCAUGGCGGCCACAAGUGCCUCAGGCACCAAUGCUGUGCGCUAUGGCACCAUGCGCCAAAACGUGCUCAAUCUGCAGGUGGUGCUGCCUGACGGGAGAGUCCUCCACACGGCCGGCCAGAGCCGGAGGCCCAGGAAAAGUGCUGCUGGCUACCACCUAACAGGGCUCUUUGUGGGCUCCGAGGGGACGCUGGGCCUUAUUACCCAGGCCACGCUGCGCCUUCACGGCACACCAGAGGCCACCGUGGCAGCCGUCUGCGCCUUUCCCAGUGUGCAAGCAGCUGUGGACAGCACUGUGCAGGUUCUUCAAGCUGGGAUCCCCAUCGCCCGUAUUGAGUUCCUGGAUGAUGUCAUGAUGGGCGCCUGCAACCGCCACAGUGGCCUGAGCUACGCAGAGCUACCCACCCUCUUCCUGGAGUUCCACGGCACUGAAAACAGCGUGGAGGAGCAGGUCCAAGCAACAGGGGAGAUUGUGCAGUCGAACGGGGGCUCGGACUUUGUGUGGGCACGGGAGCAGGAGGCUCGCAGUCAGCUGUGGGCCGCACGCCACAACGCCUGGUAUGCUGCCCUGGCCCUUCGCCCAGGCCGGAAGGGAUACUCGACUGACGUCUGUGUUCCAAUCUCCCGCCUCCCUGCAAUCCUGCUGGAAACAAAGAAAGACCUACUGGAGUCCAAGCUCACAGGCCCUAUUGUCGGCCAUGUUGGUGAUGGGAACUUCCACUGCCUCUUGAUUUUUGAUCCGGAAGACGCCGAAGAAAGCAGGAGGGUGGCAGAGUUUUCCAAACGGCUGGUCAGGCGUGCAUUGGCGAUGGAUGGCACCUGCACAGGGGAACAUGGCAUAGGCCUGGGCAAACGCCAGUUUUUGCGUGAGGAAGUAGGCGAGGUGGCGCUGUCCACUAUGCAGCAGAUCAAGGCGGUGCUGGACCCUAAAAACCUCAUGAACCCUGGAAAGGUGCUGUGAAAGCCAGAGAUUGUCUCCGCAGAUGUAAUAACAGUGCUUUGUGGUGGAUUUACAUGGAACCGUCCACACACAUCAGUCCACUUUAUGAAUUGUUCUGUGAUGGUUCCCCAGUGUUAUUGCAUCACUGCCAUCUGGAGGAGCACAGUAUUGAAAGUGGGAUUGUGUAUAUACUUUCUGCUACCAUCGUGAGCACAAACCAUUACGGACACACAAUAAGGAUGCCAUGAGGCCCAGCAUUUUUUCCCAUACAGGGCGCAAGCUCCAUCUGUGGAAGCAUCUGUUGCAGAGGCUGCACCACAUACGACCUUCCAAAGGGGGCUUGCCUACCACCUCUGGCCCAUUUGCACUGCAAUCUUAAAAAUUAAACAAGUUUAGAUCAACCUG